AUGACCGCUCAGCAAGUGCCUGUCGGUAACCUUCAUUGUCAAAAUGACACCUUUUGCCGUCAAUUCACAACCGAGUGUAUUUCAUGCUCUGAGAAGCCUGAUAAGAAAGGGUUCUAUCAAGUUGAACUUGUUGAUACCAUUCUCUUUCCUGAAGGCGGUGGACAGCCUUGUGACACAGGCUAUAUCGACAAUGUCAAAGUCUACAAUGUUCAACGUCAAAAAUUGGCACAUGUGCACUACACCAAGGAACCUGUCAGUGUAGGUCCAGUGUCAUUACGUCUUGACUGGGAUCGUCGUUGGGAUCACAUGCAACAACACAGUGGACAGCAUUUACUCAGUGCUGUUUUGGCUCAAGCACCUUACAACAUUGAAACCAUUUCUUGGAGCUUGGGUGAGAAACGAUCUUUUAUUGAAUUGCCCACCAGCACCAAGAAGAUGGCCAUCACACCCGAGCUGCUUAAAGAGGUCGAGAUCAUUGUUAAUCAGUUGAUUGUCAAGAACGUAUCUGUCACUACACAUUCAGAGGAAGCCAACGACCAAGAGGCUCGUCCUGACAGUUUACCCAAGGAUUACGUUGGUGGUGGUCAUAUUCGCACCGUGGAAAUUCAAGAUUUAGACAGAAAUCCCUGCUGCGGCACUCACAUUUUAGCACUUGGACAGUUGCAAUGCCUCAAGUUGCUCCACACAGAGAAUGUCAGAGGCGGCAAUACACGAGUCUUCUUUUUGUUUGGUCAACGUGUGCUUGAUGCCUUUGAUGCCAGCUUCCAAAUCACUCGCCAAAUCACCACUUUGUUGUCAGGUGGACAAGAGACAUUUGUUGACAACAUUCAAAAGCUUCAACAGCAAAACAAGGACAACAUGAAGCGAGCCAAGAGAUAUCUAGAGCAACUCGCUCAACUCACCGCCAAUGGCAUUGCCAAGUCAUUGGAAACACAAAAGUUUGCUGUCAUGUACAAGGAAGAUGGUGAUAUGGAGUUCUUGGGCAUGGUGGCUAAUGUCAUUCGUGAUCGUCAGUUGCUGGAAAACAAUCACAAGGUGGUGAUUUUAGCUGCUGGUGAACAAAAGACCGGUGGUCCUAUCAUUGUUACUGGAUCAGAUAACGAUAUUGUGCAAAAGACAGGCAAGGUGGUGAUGAAGGUGCUUUCUGGUGUCAAGGGCGGAGGCAAAGGAAGAUGGCAAGGCAAGGCACAGAACUGGGAUGGCAUGGAUAAGUUGGAAUCCACCUUGAAAGAUGAGAUCAACUAA